CGGCGCGAUUGGCAGACGCGCACAGGCCCCGUGCGCUGGUUGGCCUGAGCCAGCGCGGAAGCGGGGAGUUAAAGAGUCUGUGCCUGUCGUGGGGGCUGCCUUGGCCCCCGGGAGCACCCUGAAGUCGGUAUUGGGGGCUUCUUUUUUAUAUACUCAGCCUUCUCUCUGGGCUAUGGGAGAUGUCAAAGAAUCAAAAAUGCAAAUAACACCGGAAACUCCAGGAAGGAUCCCUGUUUUAAAUCCUUUUGAAAGUCCUAGUGAUUAUUCUAAUCUUCAUGAACAAACCCUUGCCAGCCCUUCUGUUUUUAAAUCAACAAAAUUACCAACUCCAGGGAAAUUUAGAUGGUCUAUCGAUCAACUAGCUGUAAUAAAUCCUGUAGAAAUAGAUCCAGAAGAUAUUCAUCGUCAAGCUUUAUACUUAAGUCAUUCUCGAAUAGAUAAAGAUGUGGAAGACAAAAGACAAAAAGCCAUUGAAGAGUUUUUCACUAAAGAUGUCAUCGUACCCUCUCCUUGGACUGAUCAUGAAGGGAAACAGCUUUCACAGUAUCAUUCCAGUAAAUGCAUUAACAUAUAUAGUGACUCUCCAAUUGGAAAAAAGCUGACCAUUCAUUCUGAGAAAAGCAAUGCUGCUUGUCAGACAUUGCUGUCUCUUCCUGUGGAUUUUAAUUUAGAAAAUAUAUUAGGUGACUAUUUUAGAGCUGAUGAAUUUGCAGAUCAAUCUCCUGGAAACCUUAGUUCUUCAUCCCUCAGAAGAAAGCUGUUUUUAGAUGGGAACGGAAGCAUCUCUGACUCUUUACCUUCAGCUUCUUCCAGAAGUCCUCGUAGCAGUGCUCAAGCAUCACUUGAGGUUUUUUAUUCAAUAGAUUUAUCUCCUGUACAGUGUAGGAGCCCUGUGCAGACACCAAGUUCGGGGCAGUUUUCUUCUAGCCCUAUUCAGGCUAGUGCAAAAAAGUACAGUUUGGGAAGCAUGACCAGUCCUUCACCUAUUUCUUCACCCACUUUCUCACCAAUUGCAUUUCAAAUAAGAAAGACUCCACUCUCAGAACAAAGGAAGUUUGCUUUUCAUUCUCCUGAUGCUUCAUCUGGAACAAAUUCUAAUGGAAUUACUAAUCCGUGUAUCAGAAGUCCUUAUAUAGAUGGCUGCUCACCAAUUAAAAAUUGGUCCCCUAUGAGACUCGAGAUGUGUAGAGGUGGUACUCCGUAUCGGACCUCACUGAUCCAGAUACCUUUUACUCUUGAGACUCACAGUGAAGAUAAAGAAGAUAAAGAGAAUAUUCCUUCCACAGAUGUUUCAUCACCAGGCAUGGAUGCUGCCGAAAUACACCUACGGCAGUUAAACAGCGACGCUUCUACACAUGGCACACAUUUAGUUGUGACUGCCAUGUCUAUUACACAAAACCAGUCCAGUGCUUCUGAGAAAGAAUUAGCACUGUUGCAGGAUGUUGAAAGUGAGAAGGAGAAUAACACUGUGGAUAUGGUUGAUCCUAUAGAGAUAGCAGAUGAGAACACUUGGAUUAAGGAGCCAGUUGAUAAUGGGAGUUUACCCAUGACUGAUUUCGUGAGUGGAAUUGCCUUCAGUAUUGAAAACUCUCAUAUGUGCAUGUCACCUCUUGCUGAAAGCAGUGUCAUUCCUUGUGAAAGCAGUAACAUUCAGAUGGAUAGUGGCUAUAAUACGCAGAAUUGUGGAAGCAAUACUAUGGAUACAGUUGGGGCAGAAAGUUACUGCAAAGAAAGUGAUGUACAAACUUUUGAAGUAGAGACUAAAUCUCAAGUUUUUAAUAUAAAGCAAGAACACAUAACACAAAGGUGUUGGAUGAAAACAGCAAGUCCUUCCCAAUGCAGCAGUACUCUGUACCUUGUGAGCGUAUUGCUGAUAUGCAAAAAAUGUGCCGCCUUAUGUAUCUGGCUCAUCGUCUUCACCAACACACUAACCAUGAAAGCCAUCAGCCAUUAG